CCGUACAACUACGUGGAAGCUUCCCUCUUUUCGAAUGCCCAGUUGAUGUUUCAUGGAUUUCUUCUCCUGUGUCCCCUGCUCCCCCUAUUCCUUGAGCACGUCAUUUCGCUGCGUAAAAAGGGGAAACCCACAUUGAGCUUUGUAAUCAUGCCUAACGACGUUGAUAUAAAAACUCUAUCGGAUGUGAAGGAAAAGGUCAAGCAUGAAAAGAGGACGCAUUGCUUGGUGCUCAACAAAUAUAGGGUGAAUGACGUGCUGAAAAAUAAGGAAGCGAAAAUUUGGUUCCUAAACGUCUUUCGGUUCCCUUCUGUGCUGAAAUUUAGGGAGUAUGAGGGGUCCCUCAUCGAGACGGGGCAAUAUGACGGGGAAGUCCUGCGCUUUAUUCAUUCAUAUGUGGACGGGCUGGGGGGGGGAGGCACCCAGGUGAGCGAUCACAUGAACGGUCAGGUGACCGAUCAGAUGACUGACGCACCGCUGGAAGACUGCAGGAUAAUCCCGCUGAACGCGCGGUUCAACAAAGCCCUGCAGGAGUUGUUGCAACGCGAAGGGAAGGACGUCAUGGAGGGGCUCGACAUGCGCCCGGAGGAAGGGGAUGAAGGGGACCCUGCUCAACAUGAUGUUACUGCUUCGGACGGUACUGUCCAGUUGAACGAAGGGGCAACCCCGAAGGACCCUAAGGAUGAGCAGUGUCCCACCCUGGAGGAACUCUUCCGAGUUAUAAAAAAAGAAGCCAUAAAAAUCAGAAUCAUUCAGCUGCAAUUUGGUUACGAUAAUAUGAAUACGGCCGAAAUUUUGAGGAAGGUGUUCCCCUCGGAGAGUGAUGUGAUCCACAAGUAUGAAAUGAUCGGACAUAUAGCGCAUCUAAAUUUUUGCGAACGUUUUGAAAAUCACAAAAAAGUCAUUGCAGAGAUAAUCCUCGAUAAAAAUAAGAGCAUAAAAACGGUUAUCAACAAAAAGGAUACUUUAAAAAAUGUCCACAGAACUUUCAACAUAGAAUUGCUCGCAGGAGAAAAAAAUUAUCUGACCAUGUUGAAAGAAAAUGAUAUAAAAGUGAAAUUAAAUUACGAAUUAAUUUAUUGGAAUUCUAAAUUAAAAAAGGAGAGGGAUAGAAUAUAUGACCUGGUUCAAAAUAACUCCAUUAUUGUGGAUCUGUUUGGAGGGGUUGGUAUUUUCAGUCUACACCUCAGUAAAAAAAAGUGCCUCUGUUUUUCCAACGAUAUUAAUUUGCAUGCUUAUAAUUUUAUGAACGUUAAUAUAAAAUUGAAUAAAAGGAAAAGUAUCCUCACAUACAACUUGGACGCCAGGGCGUUUGUCCACAUGUUGCUACAGUUGAAUAUCUUCUCAUCUGACACAUCCACUUUAACAAUGGAGCUCAGUGAACAGAAUUGGAGAAACGUCUCCCUCGAUUUUAUCAACUCUCCAGAUCAUAACCAUGUUGAUGCGGGAAAAGGAAAGAAACGGGGAAGUGACCGAGAUGGUCAUGUGGAUGCAACUCCCCAUGCGGACGCUACCACUGACAAGAAAAAGAAACUCUCCCAUGAAGAUACAAAUGGCCCAUUAGGGGAACGCACCCAGGGAUUAGAAGUCACCCAACAAGAGAGGGAGAACACCCACCUAGAGAGAACCAAGAAUGAUGCAAAGAAAACAGAAGAAGAUGCACCCCCAAAUGAAACGCACAAAGUGGACAUUAACCUGGGCAUCUACGGAGAUGUCCAUGUGCUCAUGAAUUUGCCGCAAACGGCCUUUGAAUUUUUGGAUGUUUUUCGAGAACUCCUAGAUAUGUACAGUACCGACCAGAAGGACCAACAUGGAAGCUGCCGACGCGACCAAAUGAGGAACGUGUUUAUACACUGCUACUUCUUCUCCAAGCCUGAGUUAUUUUACGAGGACGCCGAGAGGAACAUACGGAUGCAGCUGAGGGGUCUCCCCCGGGAGAUGAAGAUUACGGAGAUUAGGAAGGUCUCCCCAAGCAAGCUCAUGUACGUGGCGGAGUUCAACCUGAAGGACGUCCUUUAG